ACUUAUUCCAAAUAUCUGUCUUCCAGGAGUUAUGAAUUGUGCGGUUUUGCUUCUGAGCGUUGCGGCGGUGGGCGUCUUUAGCUUCGACAGCUAUAACUUGGUGCGGCAGGAAUGGGAGGUGUUUAAGCUGGAACACAAAAAGCAAUAUUCAUCAAUGGAGGAAGAUAAAGAACGCAUGAAGAUAUACGUCGAUAACAAAUGGAAGGUGGCACAGCACAACAAGGCCCACGCUCAGGGGCACACGUCGUUCACGCUCGCGCUCAACGAGUUCUCCGACCACUACCCACGGGAAAUACAGCGCAUGCGUGGAUACAAACCCAAAGUGGGUCGUCCUACUGCAGCCUUGCAACAUCACAGCCUGCCCCCCGAUGAUCUACCUUUGACCAUGAAUUGGGUUUCUAAAGGUGCCGUAACGGGGGUCAAGAACCAAGGUGCAUGUGGUUCCUGCUGGGCGUUUAGUGCCACGGGUGCUCUUGAGGGGCAGUAUUUCCGAAAAACAGGACGAUUGGUUUCACUAUCCGAACAGAACCUUCUUGAUUGCUCUGAAAUCUACGGCAAUGAUGACGGCUGUGUUAACGGCGGUGUCGUGGUUUUUGCCUAUACGUACGUUGCAGGCAAUGGCGGUAUUAGUAUGGAGAAAUAUUAUCCCUACAAAAAAGUUCAAGGCUUGUGCAGGUAUAACCCUAAAUACUCUAGUAACAUGACCGUCAAAGGCUUCCAGGAUCUGCCUUAUGCUGACGAAGGGUAUCUCCAAAGUGCGGUGGCAAAUAUAGGGCCGAUAUCCAUGAGUAUGGACGCUAGUCAAAAAAGUUUUGAACUCUACAAAGACGGUGUGUACUUUGACAAGAACUGCUCUUCUACUGAUCUGGAUCACUCGGUUCUGGUGGUGGGGUACGGCACGGAGCAACCGGGCGGCGACUAUUGGCUGGUCAAGAACUCGUGGGGCAAAACCUGGGGCAUGAAGGGCUACAUGAAGUUGGCGCGCAACCGCGGCAACCACUGCGGCGUCGCGACCGAGCCCACCUAUCCUUUGCUCUAA